AUGCCACCUCCACGGGUUGAUGAUGAAGCUCCAUUUCAGGAGUAUGGGGACAACAGUCACCGAAACUCCAGCAGCAAUGGCACCCACGACGAAAAGAUGGCGACCGGCGAGCGCCGGGCGUCUACAGCUGCACUCCUGCGCAACCCUUUGGUGGGGUUGAGCCGAGACCAGGUUCUAGCUGAUGUUGACGCUUUUGUCGAGGAGAAGGGCCUUCAGGAGCACCGUGAGGAUUUCCGCAAGGGAGCUCUCGUCGCACAAGUGAACAACCAGGCUGGCGCCUUUGAGCAUAUUGAUAUGCUCACCGAAGAAGAAAAGGCAGUCCUUCGAAAGGAAGAGACUCAUCGUUGGCACCAGCCUUUUGCCCUUUACUUUCUCUGCACUCUCUGUGCGGGAUCGGCUAUCGUGCAGGGUAUGGAUCAGACAACUGUGAACGGGGCCCAGGAAUUCUACUUUAUAGAAUUCGAAAUCAAUAAUGUUUGGAUGAAGGGAUUCACCAAUGGAGCUCCCUACCUCUGCUCUGCCCUCAUCGGAUGCUGGACCAGUCCCAUCCUCAACAAGUGGACUGGACGUCGAGGAACAAUCUUUAUCUCUUGCCUCAUGUCUACUAUUACCGGCUUCUGGAUGGCUGCGUCUACAUCGCUUGGAAACUUUCUCGCUGCUCGUUUCAUGCUCGGUUUUGCCGUUGGUGCCAAAUCUAGCACUACACCCGUGUACUCUGCAGAAUCUACGCCCAAGAACAUCCGCGGCGCACUCACAAUGAUGUGGCAGAUGUGGACUGCUUUUGGUAUCGCGCUCGGCUUCAUCGUCUGCGUAGCAUUCCAAAAUGUCACAAUCAUCGGCGGCGAAACAUCACCCUGGCGCUGGAUGAUGGCAUCGACCUCAGUGCCCCCUCUCAUCGUCAUGCUUCAAGUCUACUUCUGCCCCGAAAGUCCCCGCUGGUACAUGGAAAAGGGCCGUUUUGACAAGGCCUACCGCUCAGUGAGGCGGCUGCGCUUCUCUGGUGUCCAGGCUGCGCGAGACAUGUACUAUGCCUACAAGCUGCUUGAGAUUGAGCGUGGUGAGCGAGAGGGACGGAACUUGCUCAAGGAGUUCUUUACUGUUCGUCGUAAUCGACGCGCUGCUCAGAGUGCGUGGUUCACAAUGUUCAUGCAGCAGUUCUGUGGUGUGAACGUUAUCGCAUACUACUCAACCAGAAUCUUCCAAAACGCCAGCUACACUCUGUCUGAGGCUCUCCUCGUGUCUAUGGGCGGCGGUAUCAUCAAUUUCCUGUUUGCCAUCCCAGCAAUUUACACGAUUGAUACCUUUGGCCGCCGCAAUCUGCUACUGGUCACCUUCCCUCUCAUGGCAGCAUGUCUCUUCUUCACCGCCGGGACAUUCAAGAUCGACGAGGGCAAUGACUACAGUCAAGCUCGAAUUGGCUGCAUCACCACGGGACUGUAUCUAUUCAUGGCCGUCUACUCGCCUGGUCUAGGUCCAGUACCCUUCACGUACAGCGCGGAGGCAUUCCCUCUUCACGUGCGAGACAUUGGCAUGGCCUCCAGCACCGCGAUAACUUGGGGAUUCAACUUCAUCAUCAGCCUUACAUGGCCACCCCUGACGGAGAAGAUAACAGACACUGGAGGUUUCUGUUGGUACGGAGCAUGGAACGUCUUUGGCUGGGUCUUCUGCUACUUCUUCCUCCCAGAAACAAAGAACCUGACUCUGGAAGAACUCGACAACGUGUUCAACGUCACAAACCGGGAGCAUGCUGGAUACUACACCAGGAAGCUUCCCUGGUAUUUGAAAAAGUACCUCCUCCGUCAAGAUGUCCCCCCUUUCCCUCCUCUGUACGAGUUUGCGGCCAAUGAUGGGUAUUAUCCCAAUGAGAAGCCGUCUACACGCCACGCAGAGAACUACACUACCAGGACAAACUCUGAGGACGACCAAGUCCUAGCUGGGCGCAACUAG